CUUUUCCCCAACUAACUAAGUUUAGCGUUGGAUCAUUUCAGGCGGUGCGAGACGAGCUGGCUGGCUUCUUUUGUGCUUGUGCGUGUGUGUGGAGCGCGGGGGCAGGGAGAGGUGUCGAUCACAAGAGGAGUCUCCUGGUGCGGUGCCCACUGAGCCCCGAACCAAGGUGCCCCAAUGAGACUGUGGGGUUUGCUGCUGGCAGUGCUGGGGGGAACUCUGGGCCAAAGGCCUGAGCCCCACCACGGCUGUUCCCAAGGCAGCUGCUACCCAGCCACAGGGGAUCUGCUGAUCGGCCGGGCCAAUCGCCUCUCCACCACCUCCACCUGUGGCCUGCAACGUCCCCAGUCCUACUGCAUCGUCAGCCAUUUACAGGAUGAGAAAAAGUGCUUUGUGUGUGACUCACGUCGGCCCUAUGAGCCCGUGAACAACCCCAAAAGCCACCGCAUUGAGAAUGUGAUCACCACCUUUGCUCCCCAACGCAAGAAGGCCUGGUGGCAGGCAGAGAAUGGUAUGGAGCAGGUCAGUAUCCGCUUGGACCUGGAGGCAGAAUUUCACUUCACUCACCUCAUCAUGACUUUCAAGACCUUCCGGCCAGCCGCCAUGUUGGUAGAGCGUUCAGCAGAUUUUGGCCGCACUUGGCAGGUAUACCGCUAUUUUGCCUAUGACUGUCCUGCGUCCUUCCCUGCUGCUCCCCGUGGACCAUUGAGACGGGUGGAUGAUGUCGUCUGUGAGUCUCGUUACUCAGAUAUUGAGCCGUCUACUGAUGGGGAGGUCAUCUAUAGGGUGCUGGAUCCUGCUAUCCACAUCCGAGACCCUUACAGUCCAAAAAUCCAGAAUCUCCUAAAGGUCACCAACCUGCGGGUAAACUUGACAAAGCUGCACACUCUGGGAGACAACCUCCUAGAUUCGCGGCGGGAAAUCAAAGAGAAAUACUACUAUGCUGUGUAUGAGAUGGUGCUGCGUGGCAAUUGCUUCUGCUAUGGACAUGCCUCAGAGUGUGCUCGACUUGCAGGCAGCCCCGCUGAUGUUGAGGGCAUGGUACAUGGCCGUUGUGUCUGUAAACACAACACCAAAGGCCUGAACUGUGAGCAGUGUGACAGCUUCUACAAUGAGCUGCCCUGGCGCCCGGCUGAGGGGCGCCGCACCAAUGCCUGCAAGAAGUGCAACUGCAACGAGCACUCGCAGAGGUGCCACUUCGACAUGGCCGUGUACCUGGCCACGGGCAACACCAGUGGAGGGGUCUGCGACGAGUGUCAACACAACACGAUGGGCCGCCACUGCCAGCUCUGCAAGCCCUUCUACUACAAGGAUCCCGCCAAGGACAUCCGUGACCCCAGUGUGUGCCGUGCCUGUGACUGCGACCCAGAUGGCACAUUAGAUGGCGGGGUGUGUGACACACAUGACGACCCCAUGCUGAGGCUGAUUGCUGGGCAAUGCAGCUGCAAGGAGCACGUGCAGGGACCACGCUGCGACAAGUGCAAAGCUGGCUUCUUUGGACUGAGCGCGGAAAACCCACAAGGCUGCAAGCGCUGCCAUUGUGACCCACGAGGCACAGUGCAGGAUGGGCCCCAAUGUGAUGCCGUCACGGGCGACUGCUUCUGCAAACGCCUGGUGACUGGGCGCAACUGUAACCAGUGUCUGCCUGAACAUUGGGCUCUGAGCCCGGACCUCCAUGGCUGCCGGCCUUGUGACUGUGAUGUUGGGGGUGCCCACGACAACCAAUGCGCCACAGAAACAGGGCAGUGCCGCUGCCGCAGCCAUAUGGUGGGCAGGCAGUGUGGCCAAGUACAGACUGGCUACUACCACAUUGCACUGGAUCACUACACCUACGAGGCUGAAGAGGCACGGCUUCACCAGGGAGCGGAAGUAGUGAAGCGAGUGCACCUUACAGGCCACCCAGCCACCUGGACAGGGCUGGGAUUUGCACGGGUGUUGGAGGGCAGUGUGGUGGAGUUCCAUAUCAACAAUGUGCCCUUCUCCAUGGAGUACGACAUCUUGCUGCGCUAUGAACCUCAGCUGCCAGGAAAAUGGGAGGAGGUGAAAGUGUCUGUGGUACGGCCUGGGCCCAUCCCCACCAGCAGCCCAUGUGGAAACACCAUCCCUGCUGAUGACUUGAUGUCCACAGCUCUGUCACCCACAUCCCGGUAUGUGGUGCUGCCCCAGCCAGUCUGUCUGGAGCAAGGGGUCAGCUACACCAUCCGGGUGGAGUUCACUCGCUAUGGAGGGCGUGAGCAUUUGCAAGGGGCUUCUCUACUGCUGGACUCACUGGUCCUGAUGCCGCGCUACUCCUUCCUGGAGAUGUUCAUCUCUGGGGAUGCUGCCUCCAUUGCCCGCAAGGAGACCUUUGAGCGCUACCGCUGUGCCCAGCAGGCCCGGCCUGUGAUUAAGGCCCCUGCUCCGGAGCCAUGUUCCAGCUUGCUCACCAGCAUGUCCGCCAUCAUUCACCAGGGGGCUCUGCCCUGCCUGUGCAGCCCCCAGGGCUCGCUGAGCUCGGAAUGCAACCCGGAUGGUGGCCAGUGCCAGUGCAAGCCUCAUGUCACGGGCCGCCGCUGCGAGCGCUGCUCCCCUGGCACCUUUGGCUUCGGGCCCAAUGGCUGUAAAGCAUGCCAGUGCAGCAGUGAAGGGGCCUUGAGUGGCUUCUGUGACAGCUUCAAUGGACAGUGCCCAUGCCGACCGGGUGCCUUUGGACCUCGCUGUGACCACUGCCAGCCUGGCCACUGGGGUUUCCCAAACUGCCGGCCAUGCCAGUGCAACGGCCGCUCAGAGGAAUGUGAUCCACGGACAGGUAGCUGUCUGCAUUGUAGAGGCCACACAGAAGGAGAACGAUGCCAGAGUUGCGUAUCUGGAUACUAUGGGAACCCGGUGCUGGCCUCAGGGGGCCAUUGCCGUCCUUGCCCCUGCCCUGAAGCACCUGGCUCUGGGCGCCAUUUUGCUGCUGCCUGCCACCAAGAGAGCCACUCCGGAUCAGUGAUGUGUAGCUGCCUUGCAGGCUAUACAGGCCCACGCUGUGAUGAGUGUGCUCCUGGUUACUAUGGCAACCCUUGGCAGGCCGGGGGGCGGUGCCAGCCCUGUGCAUGUAAUAACAACAUUGAUGUAGCAGACGCGGAAUCUUGUGAUCGACGCACAGGCCGAUGCCUCCGAUGCCUCUACCACACGGAGGGGGACCAGUGCCAGCACUGCCAAGGGGGCUACUAUGGUGAUGCCACCCGACGCACCUGCCACCGCUGCUCCUGUAACUUCCUGGGCACAGUGCGCAGUGAGUGCCCCUCACAGGACCAGUGCCAGUGUGAGCGGUACAGCGGGCAGUGCCAGUGCUUGCCCAACGUCCAAGGGCAGAGCUGCGACCAUUGUGCCCCCAACUUCUGGAACCUAGCCGGUGGUCAAGGCUGCCAGCCCUGUGGCUGCCAUCCCCAGUACUCACUCAGCCCGGCUUGCAAUCAGUUUUCAGGACAAUGCCAGUGUCGGCCAGGUUUUGGGGGGCGCACCUGCUCCGAAUGCCAGGAGAACCACUGGGGUGAGCCCAACCAGCAAUGCAGAGCCUGUGACUGUGACCCACGUGGGAUCGAGGCGCCCCAGUGCCACCGGAUCACUGGGCACUGCUCCUGCCGCCCGGGCGUGUCGGGGGUGCGCUGCGACCAGUGCUCCCGUGGCUUUGCUGGCAACUUCCCCGCCUGUCAGCCCUGCCACCAGUGCUUCGGGGAUUGGGACCGCAUCGUGCAGGACUUGGCAGCCCAGACCCGGAGCCUGGCCCAGCGUGCCCAACUCCUCCAACAGACUGGCCUCACUGGGGCUUUCGAGGGGGCCUUCCGCCGACUGCAGGACAAGCUGAGCGCCGUCCAGGCUAUUGUCAAUGCCCGCAAUGCCACCGCCAGCGCCAUCACCCACCUCCUGCGUAAUAUGGAUGACCUGCGGAAGGAGAUAGCAGAUGUCACGGAAACCCUCACCCACCUGGAGGGGUUGCUGACAGCCACCCAGGACAAGAACUUCAAUGCCAACCGUGCCUUAGGCACGCUGGAGCGCAGUGCUCGUGACCUCAACCUCAGCCUGGCAGACCUGACACGCCAGCUAGAUGCCCUAAAGAAUGCCAAUGUGCUGGGGGCCUACGACAGCGUCCGCCAGUCCUUUGUGCAGUCCCGUGAGGCUGAGCACCGGGCCAACGCCUCCACUCUAGCUGUGCCUAGCCCCGUCAGCCAGUCGGCUGCUUCCCGGCGCCACACGGAACGCCUGAUGGCAACCCGGAGAGAUGCUUUCAGUCGGCAGAACGCGGCCAACCAUCGAGCCCUGAAAGACUUGUCCACACGCGUCCGAGGGCUGAGCCUGCAUCGGCUCAAUGAGAAGGUAUGUGGUGCCCCAGGAGAUGCCCCCUGUUCCAGCAGCCCCUGCGGAGGGGCUGGCUGCCGUGACGAAGAUGGCCGGCGUCACUGUGGGGGCCUCACUUGCAAUGGGGCUGUGGCCACGGCCAGUGAGGCCCUGAACCGAGCCCGGGAUGCUGAAGGCGAGCUGCGCCGAGCUGUGGCUGAUGUGGAUCUACUGUUGCGCCAGGUGACCGAGGCUAAGGCACGGGCAAGUGAGGCAAAGCAGAGAGCACAGGCAGCGCUGGACAACGCCAAUGCCACCAAAGCCCGGCUAGAGCGCUCUAACAAGGAACUGCGAGACCUCAUUCAGCAAAUCAAGGGAUUCCUAAGUUUGGAGGGGGCUGAUCCUGACAGCAUUGCGCUGGUGGCCUCCCGUGUGCUGGAACUCUCCAUCCCAGCAUCUCCUGAGCAGAUCCACCAUCUCGCUGAGGAGAUCAAGCAGCGUGUCAGCAGCCUUGCCAACGUGGACGCCAUCUUGGACCAAACAGCCGAAGACGUCAACAGGGCAGGGCGUCUGCUGCAAGAUGCGCGCCGUGCCAGUGCCCGGGCAGAGACUGUAAAGAGUACAGCUGAAGCAGUGACUCAGGCUCUAGAUGAUGCCCGGCGUGCCCAAAAUGCUGCCGAGAGAGCCAUCCGCAAUGCCGCCAAUGAUAUCCUUCAUACUGAGAAAGCUGUUAACAGGAUCCAAAAGCAAACGGCAAGCACUGAGGGCCAGCUGGCUGAAGCCAUGGAUCGGGUAGGCCGCCUUGACAGGCAGGUGGAUGCCCUCAAGAUGAAAUGGGCCAACAACAGCCUGGCAGCCAUACGAGCUGAAGAAACGGCCAGCGCGGCCAGGGAUCGGGCUGAGGAGGCCGAACAGGUGCUGGAAGGGCCACUGAGUGACCAGUACCGCAAAAUGAAGGACCAGGUGGAACGCAAAGCCCAGCACGUUCUGCGGGCCCGGCAGACAGCGGAGCGCCUGCGGGACGAGGCCAAGGGGCUGCUCCGUAACGCCCAGGAUAAACUGCAGCGGCUGAGUGCACUGGAAGAAACAUACGAAGCAAAUGAGAGGCUGCUGGAAGAGAAGGCAGCCCAACUGGAUGGGCUGGAGGCCAAGAUGAGGGGCAUCUUGGGAGACAUCAACCAGCAGAUCCAAAUCUACAAUACAUGCCAGUGAUGCACGAUCCCCAUGUAUAGUCCCAUUCACUCCUCCCAGGUGUGCAUGAAGACUUGAUUACCCCAGCCUAGCUAGUGCCUGGAGCACUGUUUCCUAUCCUCAUUCCUUCCCAGCAUCACUUGACAUGGGUCCUCACCCUCCUCUCCGCCUCCUUGAGGAGCACAAUACAGCAUCAAGCCUUCCUUAGAAUCCCCUCCCUAGUCACAUCCAGCACAGGGUAGAACUAUACGCAGCAUUUGGAUGCCACAGGCAAAAUCCCAUUCUGAAUUGUUCCGGAGGCAUAAUUGUGGUUAAAACAACAGUCUUGUGGCACUGUAAAGACUAAGUGUUUGGAUUCUGUUACUCUCUUCUUUGCUGCUGAAACAUCAGGGAGUGGUGGGGGGUGUCAGAGGCCACAGCUACAUUGAUAUGGUAUGUCUGUUACCCAUUAGCUUGCAUUUGUGUGUGAAUAAAGGCCCAAAGUGACUUGGCUCUCUCA